UUCAUCACUCAACAAACUCAAAACUUGCAAUUCCCAAUGUCUAACUCUUUGAGCCCAGGAAUACAUGGUGCUGUUUACGUUCCAAGAACUACCGGCAGCCCUCCUGUUAACCCUAUUAACUCAAAUCUAAUAGCGUCAAUGAGUAAUACUGUUAAUGGAUUAUCUAAUGACAAUAAUUUGUUGAAUGGUGUUUCAAAUUCGGGUAUAAUAUAUAUGAAUCAAUACACAUCAGAACAACCAACUUCUACUAAUUCUCCCGGUCAUGGCGCUUCAUCAAAAAUAACUUCAAUACCUAAAUCUACGCCAUCGAUGGAUCAUUCAACUGUGGCAACUCGUGCUCCUUCAUCCUCAUCUCCUCUAACUGAAAGUAAACCAAAGAAAACUCAUUCUAAUGGAGAACAACAAUGUUUCAACUGUGGUGUAACUUCAACGCCUCUUUGGAGACGUUCCGCUAAUGAUGAACUUUUAUGUAAUGCGUGUGGUUUAUA